AUGGCUGGAACUGGAAAAGAUAAUCAAAAGUGCACUUCUGAAGCUUCUAGUAUCUCCGCCACAUCCGACAGUGGACCAGUGAUGAUGGAGAUGGAGAUGGUUGUCGCCGAUGAAAUCGAUGGUGGUGAUUGGCAGUCGCAGGAGUCGAACUCACGGCUGUUGUUGGAUCUCAAGCUUUCUAACAAUAUUGAGAAUUCUGGCAAUGCCAUGCCGGAGAUUUUGAACUCCAAGAGGAUAGAACCUGCGGCAGCGGUGGCAGUGACGGUGGAUUCUUCUUCUUCUCCAGGUCAUACAAAUAAUGACUUAUCUUCAAAUUCAAAAUCUAGAGUUUUUUCAUGCAACUUUUGUAAGAGGAAAUUUUCCACCUCCCAAGCCCUAGGAGGCCACCAAAAUGCACACAGACAAGAAAGAGCCAUGGCCAAGCGCCGCCAAGGAAUGGAACUCGGAAACGGCGCCAAUGUCGUCGGGCCACCGUACUUGUCAUCGUACUGUAGUCCAUAUUCUGCCCUCUCGCCUCAUCCAAUCUAUGGAUCGUCGCUCGGGAUACGAAUGGAUUCAAUGAUUCACAAACCAUCGUAUCGGUGGCUCGGGUCUCCCGCGCUACAGUUUCAUAGCGGAGUAGAUGGUGCUUGGACUUCCCGGCCGGUGGUGGUGAAUAGUAAUAAUAAUAACAAUUCAAAAUUAUUGGCAUUUGAAAGACUAAAAAUGGAGGGAAUUCAAGCUCACAACGGUGGAUUUCGAUUGUCAUCCGCAAUAAAUAUAAAUGAAUCAAUGAGAAGAUUUGAAGAAGAUGGAACGACUUCGAUUCCGAGUUUGAAUUGUUCCGAGCCGCCGGUGUUGAAGAUGGAUCACCAUGUGGAAGAAAGCCAUGAACUUGAUUUAUCACUCAAGCUUUAA